GCGAUGGUCAUCGUCAACGUCAUCGUCAACAACCGUUUUCCCCCGAAUUGAACGCACGAUCCUUAACGCUGUAUCUGGACUGAAAGCUGGCCGAAAUGCACCUUCAGUGAUCGUUACGGAACUGGUUGCUGCGCGCCGUUUCUUCGUCCUUUGCUGGCUAUGGCGGUGGCGUUGGAGUGCAAGGAUCAAUGGUGCAAGACGGUCUUGACUCCAGAAGCGUUAGAACGAUGGAGGGUGGGGAGUUUGCCCUCGAUAUACUAUGUGUCGGACUAUAUCAGCCAGGAGGAAGAAGGUCGGCUAUGGAAGGAGAUUUACAGUGCACCUGCGGCAUCGUGGAAGUGUAUGAGAAAUCGGAGGCUUCAGAACUGGGGCGGCAUUGUGACGGAGAAAGGGCUCAUUCCUCAGUCGCUGCCCCAAUGGCUCAAAGCAUUGACAGAGAGACUUCGAAGAGAGCUCGGACUGUUUCCUUCACCUAUCAACCAUGUGCUAAUAAAUGAGUACAAGCUCGCGCAAGGGAUCAUGGUAGCAGACGACCCUCACCCCCUGAGACAGCCUCUACUACAGGUUAAGGUGUUGUGGACUUACACUGGCAAGAAAGAGGAGAGCGUCCUUCAUUGGAUUGCAGCCGUAGAGUCAUAUGUAUACGGUCAGCGCAUUCCGUAUUGGGAUAGAGUUCUGAUGGCCACCUCGUGCAUGGCCGACGAUGCGAUGAGCUUCGCCAUAUCGUUGCAAAAAGAAUCUAACUGCGAUACUAUGAUUGCAUACUCACAGCGAACAAGGAUCGAAGAUUUCUUUAAGGCAGUAAGAGAACGAUUUGAAGAUAAGAAUCUGGCUCGCCGAACUGAAAUGCUGAUUUUAAAUAUUGCGGAUCGGAAAUGGAAGAGUGCGUCUGCACUUAAAGCAACGAUGGAUGAACUCUUGCAAUGCGCUGAACAUGGACUGACUCCUACUCAAAUCCUCAAUAACUUCGCAAGAGCAUUGCCUGACCCUCUCCAUACUCAACUUUAUUCUCGUACAAAGGAAGAGGGGAUGACAUACGAGAAGUUCAGCAAGAUCGCCAUAUAUCAUGCUGGCUUCUUGGCUGAAGCUAACUAUUGCCAUUAUUGGAGAGAUCUGCAAGCGGGGAAGAAAUGGCAAAACCGCACCAUCUCAGGGAAUAUUCCUGGGAAAGACAACCUCUUUCUGACCUUUGAAGAAGGAGGUGUUGAAACUCUUUCCUAUGACCAAAUAGAUUAUGGUAUGGAGGGAGGACCCAACAGCACGGUAGUUCAGGAGGGGGACUAUGCAGCCGUUGCAACCCGCGGGGGAGGGCGACAAGGAAGAGGAUGUGGCCGAGGAAGAGGACGUGGCCGAGGAAGAGGAGGCCGCGGAUGCGGUGGAAGAGGACCCGGUACCCAAAGGGGUGGUGGCGAAGGUAGCUACUACGUGGGUGGAAGGGGCAAUGGUCCCUCACAAGGUGGCCGUGGUUCAUAUUCUACCUGGGGAAGAGGACGAGGCGCGUGGUAUGGUACAUGGGACAAACCAUAUCCACCCCAUCCAAGCUUGCCCGAAGGGGAGCCUUGGAAGAAAGUAGGGAUCACAAAGAAAUUUUGGCAAGAAAGGAAAGCCGCCGAUCAGUGCCGCAAAUGUGGUGACCCCAACCACAUUGUUCCCUACUGUCCAGACUAUAAGAUACUAAAAGGGAACAGCCAGUAGGGGUCUAAGUUGCCUCUACGGGAACUUCGGAUGUAGAAAGAAAGACAUCCUCCCAUCCGAAGGUUCCACUGGCAGAGACUGAAGAGGAAGACAGUCCCCACCUAGUUAACUGUCCAUAGGUGGUAAGAGUGUGUACCUCUCUAGGUGGAUCCCUCGCUGGCAUGGGUGAUGAGUUGACCGCUCGUCGCCAAGCCUGGACUGAGAUGAAGAAACGAAGAGGACAAUUAAUAAUUGCAGAUCUAAAAGUGAAUAAAGUAAGAGUUGGAGGUAUGAUUGAUAGUGGAUCAACUUGCAGCUAUAUCAGUAAGAAAGGAUUGCAAAAGUUGCGUCUCGGGCUUAAGGUAAAGCAAUGGGUUGAGCCCGUAGUGAGUAAAUUAGCUAAUAGUAC